ACAAAAACAUUAACAAAAAAGCUAUGUGAAAUCCUGGAAUGAUGGCCAAAACUACAAAAAUAAGUAAUAACGGACCUUCCCGUAAGGUUUGGCUACCUGACAAAAAUAGUAUUCUGUUUAGUCGUCACUUUUCGUAAGACAGGGGCGGAUUUUUUUUUUCUGUAGGAUUUUUGUAAACCGCAGUUAAUAGUCUUCUCCUGUCUACUUCUGGUGUCAUAGUGUCUCCUGUAGCUCCUAAUUAUAGCGGCAGCUUGUUUCCCCCGACGACCGUCACUUCCUGUUUGUCCAAUGGGAACUGAGUGGACACACACACACACACAUACACACACACACACACACACAAUGUGAAGGAUUCUUGAGGGUCUGUAGAUCCACUCAGAGAGGAGGUGAAGCUGAAGAAGUUUAGAUUGUGACUGAGGAGGCGGAGGAGAGCAGGAGAAAAGAAGAAGGUAGAAAACAGGAGGUGAAGAGAAGGAGUGAUAAAAGAGGAGAAAAACAAGUUCGGAGUAACGCCGGAGAAACUGAAUGAGGAGGUGAAGAGAAGGAGAGCAGAAAAGAAAAGUCGAGUUGAGAAACAACAAGAAAAGGGAAAAAGGGGGAAAAAGCGAUGUGACUGUGAAGGAGGUGAUUGAAAGGAGGAGAGAGGAAUCAAAAAAAGGGAAAGAAAAAUUGAUUGCAGAUGUGAGGAGGAGAAAAGAGAGGACCUCUGAUGUGACUUUGGGAUAAAAACAAAGUGACCUGGAGGAAGAGGAGCAGCAGAUGUGACUGCGGAGAAUUAAUUAACACUCGAACUGUGUUUGAGGAGCAGAUCUGAUCCUGAUGAUGGGCUGCUGUCUGUUUGUUUACUAUCGGAAGAAGAGGAAGCAAGCCAGCAGAGAUGCCGACUCCCUCAGUCUCUGCAGUCUGGACAUCAACGAGCCCAGCACCAAACGCAGUAAACCUGUAUCCAGGGUGACGUCUCUGGCCAGCCUGCUGCCGCCCGUCAAGACCGCACCGCUGAAGAGGAUUGGUCAGACGCUGCAGCGCACCAUCAGUUUUCGCAACGAGAGUCGGACUGAGAGAGCCGCUCCCCCCCCCCCUUCCUCCUCAACAAUGAAGACUCGUGUUAUCUCGGCGACAGUCUCCAACCCUUCCUCCUCCAUGACGGCAACACGGGUUUCCACAGCAACAGCCCCAGCCGCCAAGCGCCGUGACAGCAAACUUUGGAGCGAGACGUUUGACGUCCGACUGGGAGCAACACAAACUCUGAGCCCAAAAGAGAUAAAACGACAAGAGGCUAUAUUUGAGUUGGCUCAGGGCGAACAAGACUUGGUGGAGGACCUCAAGCUGGCGAAGAAGGCCUACCAUGACCCAAUGCUGAAGCUGUCAAUCAUGACUGAGCAGGAGCUGAACCAGAUCUUUGGUACUCUGGACUCACUGAUACCCCUGCAUGAAGACCUCCUGAGUCGCCUCCGUGACGCCAGAAAACCUGACGGGUCCACAGAACAUGUGGGACACAUCCUGACUGACUGGCUGCCCUGUCUCUCCUCCUACACUCCAUACUGCAGUAACCAGGUGAAGGCUAAAUCCUUGUUGGACCAGAAGAAGCAGGAUCGUCGGGUUCAGGACUUCUUGCAGCGCUGCCUCCAAUCGCCCUUUAGCAGGAAGUUGGACUUGUGGAACUUCCUGGACAUCCCCCGCAGUCGGCUGGUGAAAUACCCACUACUGCUCAGGGAGAUCCUGAAGCACACGCCCAAUGACCACCCGGAUCGGCAGCACCUGGACGAGGCGAUGUUGAUGGUUCAGAGUGUGGUGGCGGACAUCAACAGGCGGACGGGGGAGUCUGAGUGUCAGUACUACAAGGAUCGUCUGUUGUACACGGAGGACGGAAUGAAGGACGGACUCAUUGAUCGGUCCCGGACCCUCAGCUGUCACGGAGAACUGAAGAACAACAGAGGACUCAAGCUCCAUGUGUUCCUGUUCCAGGAUGUCCUGGUCAUCACCAGGUCCCUCUCACCAAACGACCAGCCAGUCAGCUACCAGCUCUGCCGCCAGCCAAUCCCCAUCCGGCAGCUGGACUUGGAGGACCUAUCAGACGGAGAGAUGAGAGUGGGCGGGUCCAUCAGAGGAGCCUUCAGCAACAAUGAGCGGACAAAGAACUUCUUUCGGGUUUCAUACCGUACUGGAGGUCAGCUGCAGACCCACUGCUUCCAGGCCAGCGACGCCUUCAACAAACAGCAAUGGAUCAACUGCAUCAGACAAGCCAAGGAAGCUGCAGCGCUGACUGGGGAUCAGCCGCCACAGACGGGACAGUGUCUGGAGACGGGUCUGGGCGGAGAGAUAGGGCCGCUUAGUGAAACGGGUCUGAGUUUGAGCGGAGAUUCAGGGAUCGAAACUGAAAAAAGUACGUGGGCGGAGAUGAAGACAGGGCUUGGUUUUGAAGAAGAGGUAGGUCUGAGCGGAGAAAAAGAUGACGAUUUGGGUAAAGAGGCGGGGGUGGGUUUGAUUCUAGAGACAGUGACUAGUAGGGAGGUGGAGACAGGUGUUGAUGAUGGGACGGGGCCGGAGUUAGAUGGAGAAACAGGGAUGAACGGUGAUACGAGGCUGGCGAUCAGUGAGACAGAGAUGGGUGUGGAAAUGGAGGCAGGGCAGGAUGUCGACGGUGAGACGGGGGCAGACCUGAGGAUGAAGAUGGAUGGAGGAGAGGGAGGAGAAGGAGAUGAAGAGACUCUUAGCGGAGGUGCUAAUGAUGUUCCCGCCUCCCUUCCUUCUUCUGCUUCUCCCUGUCAAAAGGAGGAAGAAGAAGUGAUGGAGGAAGAGCGGAGCGGCGCACAGGAGGAAGAAGAGGUCGUCAUGGACACCGGCGAGGUUGACUCACUGCAGGGCGAGGAGCUGACCCUCAGAUGCUGAUGCUGCGACGACACGCUGACGGACUGGCGCUGCAGCCAAUCAAACCUCUGAUCCCAUGAUGAUGUCACUGAACAGGACAAAGUCAAAGAACGUCAACAGUUAAACAAACUUGUCAAGACUCAUUAACUGCUGUAUCCUGACCACCGCUAACCAUGGCAACCACUUUGUUCCGGAUUGCCACGGUAACAGAACGGAACACUGGCCCCACGUGACUGUUGUAACUAAGAUAAUUGGAUACUGUGUUUCAAGAUGGUGCCCUAUUCAUUCCAAUGAAAGACUUCCUCUGGCUUUCCUUUUUUUGGGGGCCCAUAGAGCAACCUCCUGCCGACUCCGCACACACCAAUUUAUUUACUUAUUUACUGUUUCGGCUCUUCAAGGCUGUAAUUUUUAACUGACCUAAUUGCCCAAAUUGUGAUAAUACAAAAAAACUGAAGUCAGACUGUGAUGCUCCAGAGAGAAAAAGACUGAUUGAUUUGCAGCCUUUAAUAAUGCCAAUAGGCUUGUUUGUGAUGCUCAUGUGUAUGGGGGAAAAAUCUUUUUGGUUCCAGCGGGUGUCACAUAACAGCUCCAGCUCCAACUGUGCCACUAUGCCAAAAAAUGCCUCACAGCCCAACACUGUUCCUGGGGACUUGACCUUUUGUCAUGUAACUACAGUAUGAGUACCACUGUGGUCUGUGUCAGUAGCACCAUGUUACUAUGGUAAUAACAGUGCACCAGAUUAGAGAGUGAUAGUUUUUUCUUUGCUUGUUUGAUCCCAGUUUACUUCAUCCUAACAUUAGUUCACAUGUAUUUUGCACUGGAUGAGUCUUUGGACAUACUCUGCCGCCAGUAGUCUUGGCCUUUGUACGAGGCUGUCACCUUGUACAAAGGUGUAAAAGUAUUUUCACAACUGUUAGGUGAUUAGGCUGUUAAAGUUACCCUUUGGAGUCUGUGGCCACUGCUGGCACUAAGAGCAGAUUUCAUGUUCUGUUCUAGCAUGUACACACAAUCAUACAUGUAUAUGCCUGUUACGUAAUACACAAUCUUGCUGAUGGUUUCAAGCUAUUCAGUGAACCAUGAAAGGUAGCAAUGUGUCAGCAAAAGGCAGGCGGUGGAGGAGAACUGCUAAUUAAUGUAAACAUGCACAGAAAUAUCACAGGUUUCAAAAUAUUUUUUAAAAUCACCUUUGCAAAUGUUUUUAGAUGAAGGAAAUACA